UAUAAAUAUAUUCAUAUAUUACUGCGUGUGUAAUACGUUGGAGCUAUAGCCAACUCGUUUUAGUCGUUGGGUUUGUAUUUGGGCAACAUUAGCCGGCUAAUUUAGCUACUUUGUAAGUAAUAUUCUUCGAAGACCACUGUGGUUUUCUAGGUUUACAGAGAGCUUAACAGAGGAUGCUGGAGUCAAUAAAAGUAACAGAAAGACUCCACUGGCCAGAAGUAGAAAUGUCCAAAAAGUACAUCUUAAACUCUGCUGAUAAGGCACUGAGUCCAAGCCAAGUAUACCUGGAGAAGAUUUCUUCCAGUGUCCUCAAAGACCUUUUCAGCACCGCCUCCAGCAGCUACAAUGUCCUGCUGCAGGCCGAGGAGGAGGAGAAGAAGAGUCCCAAACAGUCCCCAUACAAGAGGCCAAAAACGUCAGUGAAAUGUGGCGCCACAUUUAGUAGAAGAAACCGCCCAGGGAUGGCUCCUAAAAAGUUGCGUGCUCCAGAAGGUGGCGGUAAACCUGCACAGACAAAUCGUGUUCUCUCAGGGAACUCCAAUCUCUCUAAACCAGCACGAAACAUUGCAGUGGUGGGUAGCACCAUGGGCCUAACGCCUCGCACAGCUCCACAGCUCAGAAAGAUGGGCAUCCCCAGCUCCCCUCGCACUAAACUUCCCUCACUGCACAAAGCAGCGCUCACGCGGGAAGUGGAAAACGCAAAGAAGCUCUGCAUCCUCACAGCCAUCAAGCCAUCUAAUGUUGAGAAAGAAAAGGCCAAGUUUUUCAAGUCUGACUUCAACUAUAAUCCUCAGUUUGAGUACAGCAACCCAGUCUCUCCUCUGGUUUUGGCACGGCAUAACAACGCCUCAGAUCGCUUCCUGACACAAGCAGUGCACAUCAUGGAGCUUGCUCUGCAGCGAUAUGGCAGCUAUGAGAAGUUUGAGCAGGCCACUGGGGGCAACCUUCUCACCAAAAGUCGCGUCUGGCACAACGUCAAGAAAUACAUGGAGAAGGAAGGCUGCAUGGGGGAGAUUGUAGUCCAGGUGACAGACGACCUCCUGUCUAGAGCCUCCAUGACGGUGGUUAACAGCAGACCCACACUGACCAUCAACAUCUCCACAGCCCGAGAGCACUGGCUGGAAGGGAUGCUGAGGCAUGAAAUUGGCACACAUUAUUUCCGUGGCAUCAAUAACUGCCAUCAGCCAUGGAGCAACAGCGUGGGCCGGAGGAAGCACAACCUGAAGCCUCUGAACCCCACAGAGGAGGGCCUGGCCAGCAUCCACAGUGUCCUGUUCAGGAAAGACCCCACACUGUGGCGUGCUGCCCUGCUCUACUACACUGUCUACCAGGCCAGCCACAUGUCCUUCUCCCAGCUCUUCCACAAUCUCGGGCGCUUUGUUCAGGACCCCAGCACCCGCUGGGACUACUGCGUCCGAGCCAAGAGGGGUCAAAUCGAUACAGCACAGCCAGGGUGCUUCAGUAAAGACCAGGUUUACUUGGAUGGUAUCCUGAAGAUCCUGAGAUACAGAGACAAGAUCAACUUCCCACUGCUGAUGGCUCUGGGAAAGGUGUCAUUUGAGGACGUGGACCGCCUGAAAUCGCUGGCUCAGAUGGAGAACGUGCGCAUCCCACACUUCAUGCAGGACCAGGCGAAGUAUGCCGAGCAGCUGGUGAAAAUCAUGGCGGUCAACGAGCUGACUGAUGAAGAGCUCAAAACCAUUAUUUAAGCCCACUCUACGGCCCCUGCACAAACCUGUUUACACCUGAAGAAAACCUGUCACACCACUGCCAGCCACAACCUGCAUGCCUCAACACCACCAUCAAGCACGGUAGCAGAGUGUGUGAUUUGUGCAGCACGCUGUAUUGCAUGUAGUGUAGACUUGUGUUAGACAGAUACAUUAGUUUGAUCUCAUGUUGGUUUUGAAUUAAAAAUCUGUUAUUGUCAUUUCUCCAGUGACACAGUAGGGAUCACCUCGAGAAUAAUUUCUGUGUGUUCUGUGUUUAAGACUGGUUGUAGUUCAUUUUCUUUGCCAGUGCCAAUACAACACUUGGACUGAUGUAUUGAUACAAAAAUGAAUUUGAAAAGGAUUUUCUAUAACAAUUACCAAGCACUUGGUGCCAUUUUUUUACUUUACAAUUUCUGAUAUUAAGUUCAGUUUGUGGUUUGAUACCCAGCCUUAGAUUUAAGAGGAUUUUCAUAAAAAGCUUCCCCGCAUCUACAUAAGCAUGGUUUUAAAAGAGAGAGUUUUAAUAUCCCAUGAUGACCUAAAUUAGAGCCUGACUGAUUGUUGAUUUUUUUAGGCUUAUAUGGACAAUUCAGGUUAUCUUUGACAGUUAGGCAAUAAUACACCUAUCAGUGUUUUGUCAUAAACUAUGUAACGUGACUGUUGCUAGUUUACUUCAGACACACCAUAAAGGGAAAGUUCACCCCAAAAUCAAAAAUACAUAAUUUUCCUCUUACCUGUAGUGCUUUUCAGGUGUGAGGUACUUCGGGUGUGAAUUGCUGAGUUUUGGAAAUACCCUCUACCCUCUCUCAAAUGCAAUGGAACUAGAUGAAACUCGGCUUAUGGUGCCCAAGGCGCCAAAAAAAUAUACAUUUUUAAAACUCAACAACAAUGUCUCUUUCCAGAAAUCAUGACCCGGUUACUCAAGAUAAUCCACAGACCUUGUUGUGAGCAGUUUCACGUAGGAAAUAUUUUCUUUCCACAGAACUACACCCAUCAACUGUAUAACUGUGCAGAAGGAAGCGUGCAUCUACUGCUGGCUCACCUAGCCUCACUGAGCAAGCUAACGUUACCGCUCAGCCGAGAAGGACGCCAUUAUUGUUUACAUCGAGUGCCACGAGCACAAGCCUCACGUCCCUGAGUAGAUAUAGGUUUCAUUCUGCAUGGCAAUAAAGUCAGGCUCCUAUCUAAAUGCUGCCUCAGAGGAGAUUUCAACCAGACAGCGACAAUCUUAGGGACCACUUGAAUGCUUAAUUUCUUGAGGACCUGUGCAUGAACAUAGUUAAUUUUAGUAAAAGCCAUCAAAAAACUUAUUGAUCUAGUUCUUAUUUAAGGAUUCUUUCUGCACCUGUGAUCUAAGUGUACUUAACCUAGUGUUUUAUAUUUGUCUCUUUAGGAAAAAAAAAAACUCAUUCCUCUAGAUACCACAUAGGGUUACUAUUUUUGUAGUACGGAUGUUUGGCAUUAAAAAGGGGAGUUGUUGCUUGAGAGAAAGACAGUAGAAGCAGGAUGGUCUUUUUAGAAAGAGAUGGACAGAUAACGUGUGAGUGCUUCAUCAGCGUUGUCACACAGAGGCCUGCUAAUUACAGCUGAGCCCGUCAGCAUUGUUCCACAUUUGCUGAGAGAAGAAACUGUCCCUGAAGCGUGAAAGUCACAUGUAAUGCGGCUGUAUAUUUUGAAGGUGAGCUCCUCAUUAAACCCUUGUGGCAAGUGCAGUGACUUGAAGCCCUGUUUGACUAUUUGCACUUUGUUAUCUUCGAUCUACCUUUUCAGCUGCACUGAUAUGAGUAGUUACUAGCGUUGGUGUAAUUUAUGAUAUACUUAUGUUUUACAAAACAACCCAAAUGCCUCGUGGUCUUACUGUGAUGAGUUUUUGUGCUGUUAAUACAAAUAAUAAUUAAUAAUUGAGAGCAUAUAUGCUGCUCUGCUCUUCAAAGACCUGUCAAAUGGUACAGUUGAAUAACAUGGCAUUCCUGUUUUGUAUUUGAAUGACUUUUUGUGAUAUUCAUAGAUAGAAUCUUCAAAUAAAGUGGUCUAACUGAAAA